GCCCAGCUGAUGUUUAUUUAUACCGCGAGCUCGGCGGAGGGCGCGCGCGGGAGGCCCUCCCCUCCGCGGCACCACGGUUCCGCGUGAUGCAGCCGAGCGAGCCAGCCGAAACCGCGCACGCCGCCGGCGGAAACCCCCCGCAGCGGGGCCUUAACGGCGGCCGUUUCGAUUUCGACGAUGGCGGUACUUACUGUGGCGGCUGGGAGGACGGCAAGGCCCACGGCCACGGAGUGUGCACCGGGCCGAAGGGCCAGGGCGCCUACUCCGGCUCCUGGCACUUCGGCUUCGAGGUGUCCGGCGUCUACACCUGGCCCAGCGGCAGUGCAUACGAGGGACAAUGGCAAAACGGCAAGAGACAUGGGUUGGGUGUGGAGACGCGGGACAGAUGGCUGUACAGGGGCGAAUGGACGCAGGGCUGCAAGGGUCGCUACGGCGUUCGACAGAGCACGACCAGCAACGCAAAAUACGAAGGAACAUGGGCCAACGGAUACCAAGACGGAUACGGAUCCGAAACCUAUGCGGAUGGAGGAACCUACCAAGGGCAAUGGAUGCGGGGCCACCGACACGGCUACGGCGUGCGUACGUCGGCGCCGUUCGGGCUGGCGUCGCACAACCGCGGAGGCGCGCGCGACCGUGGCUCCCUAUCCUCGCUGGUGGAGGCACUCGGCACGCCCGACCCCUCCGACCGCCGCAACCUGCGCGUGGACGACGCCCGGGGCGGCUUCGUGCUGCAAAAGAGCUCCGACGAGCCAGCCGGCAGGCGGGGCUCUAUCGUCGAAAAAACUAAAAAGGGCUUGUUCCCCAACUUCCGUAAGCGGCGCAGCACGGGCGAGUUGGAUAAACGCGGCACGGGCUCGGUGCGAUCAGGCGGCUCGGCGGGCUCGGCCUCAUCCUGGGUUUCGUCCGUCGAGAGCUCUCACUCCACCAACACUCGUGGCUCGCACCAUACGCACUCCAACACCAGCUUCAUUGUAGAGGAUGAGCACUUGGAUCCGAGUGUAACCGAAACAUAUAUGGGCGAAUGGAAAAACGACAAGAGAACUGGUUUCGGCGUGUGCGAGCGAACCGACGGCCUCCGCUACGAGGGGGAGUGGCUCGCCAACAGAAAGUACGGCUACGGCGUGACGACCUUCCGCGACGGCACCAGAGAGGAGGGGAAAUACAAAAACAAUGUGCUCAUCACAAGUCAGAAGCGCAAACACAUGUUCCUCAUGCGGUCGGCGAAGUUCCGGGAACGCGUUGACUCAGCGGUGAACGCGGCGCAGCGCGCCUCCAAAAUAGCUUUACAAAAGGCCGACAUUGCAAUCUCUAGAACGGCUACUGCGCGAGGUAAAGCGGAGCAGGCGGACGAGUCGGCGGACCAGGCCAAGGAAGACUGUGAUAUAGCGCAAACCACUGCAAAGCAAUUCGCCCCGGACUUCAAGCACCCCGGCUUCGACAGAAUAAGAUUAAGAGAUCGAUAUAGGCAAAAGACGUAUGAAACGCAAAGUCCCGCACCCGUUUCACAAGAAUCUGAUAAAAUCCUAGAAGGAAAGAGCAUUCCAAAUCAUAUCCCUCCGACGCAUUCGCAGCUUCCUCAAGCUAAUAAAAUUCCUAACGCUAUAAACUCGAGAAGACCUUCAACGCAAUAUCCUAAAGCGGUGCCCCCUAUGGACCCACGACUCGCCAAUAGCACUAAUUACGGCGCCGAUGACCGAACACUUGGACCUCCUUACGACCCUUAUUAUAACUCUAACAAAGAAAAUUGGGGGUCCCCGGUCAACUCACCGGCUCAAAUUCAAGACAAACAAAGGCAAUAUAUGACGAAUGAGCCCUCGAGUGGAUACAGCGUGCCUCAGCCGGGAGGACCACAACCCCCUUCUAUACCAUAUCGAAGACAGGAUUCUUUGCAACCACAACAAAUUACAGAUCAAUCUCAGCAAUUUCCCAACCAGGGAAGAAGGCCAUCUAUAAGACCAACGAUGAACCAGCGCGCUCCACCUCAGGAAUGGAACCCGACUCACGGAAUUAUCCGGAGACAAAGUAUUCUCGCCCAACCCACAAACGAUCCACAAAGCAACACCUACGUCGAUCCCGGUACGGCGUCCUACGGCCGAAAUGAGCUUCGUACCGGUGUUUUUCAUUCAGAGGGACCACACGACCAUCAACGACCCGCUGUCGACGCUCAAGGUUACCGGCAGGGACCCGAUUCCCAGGCCUAUCAGCAAGGGCCGCUCGACCAACAAGGAUACAGACAGAGCGAUCAACAAAUGUAUCGCCAGCCGAUGUCUGAUCAUCAACAAUAUCGACAGCAAAACUUGCCUCCGGAACAAGACAUCGUGAAUGGAGAUCGCGAGCCUCGUCCGUUUACCGCGCGACCGUCUAUAGAUUACUUCGACCACUACAAGAGACCUCCCAGCAGAGAUUCGAGCGUGGACCGGUACGGCAGACGGUCACGCCAACCGUCUGUGGAGGCCGCGCCGCCCGGCGGCGGAUCCCGCUCCGGAUCGAUAGCUCCGCAACCGCUGUCAUCUUCACGACCCCCGUCACGCGCGGCGACUCCCGCAGGGAACGGCCACUUAGCAUCGGGUCGCGGUUCCCGAGCGGCAUCAAGAGAGCCCCAAGGAUUCGAGGACUCGCUACUGCGCAAACGCACACUGGGACAAGAAAUAACACCUUCACCUUACCAACCGAAACGGACUGAAAGUUUAUACGUGGCACAAAAUGCUACGCCUCCCCCACCCGCGCCGAUGGGCGGAGGAGGUGGAGGUCGUAAGGACUGGUUCUCGCGACAGCAGCUGGUAAUAUUAGUAUUGUUCAUAAACAUCUCGCUGGGCAUUAUGUUCUUCAAGUUGCUGACGUAGCGGCGGCGAGAGGCGCAGCCGCGCCCCCAUCUCGCAUCGCAACGCCUCUUUUGUACAUAUUUCCCUUGAAUAAAAAACAUCAACCAUUUAAACGACCAAUGCAAACAUAAAUAUUAAAGUGAAAACUUGAAACUCUGUUACCACAUUACCUAUAUAAUGUACCAUAACAUUGUAUCACAUUCGUACAACCGAAAUAAAACCACGUAUUUACUUAUAAGUAAGGACUUUGGUUUGCUAGAAUACAAUUAAUGUUGUGUAUAUGUGCGGUACGAGACAUUAAGUGCAGAAAGGCCCCUUCAGGAACCAAAACAUUAAACUUCUUUAUGGUGUGAGAGUGAAAAUUCUUGAGUCCACUAAUAUAUCAAAUCGAGUGUUCGGAGCACGAAAUGAAAUUAAACCUGCAUAUUGUAGGUUUUGAUCUUGUUAUUAUUUGGAAAGAUUUAGACAAAAAAAUAUUUUAUUAUAUUUGUUAUUAUGUUAAAUAUUUCGUAUAGUUACCAAACGCUGUUUCUCUUUUGUUAAUUUUGUGAAAUUUUAUUCUGAAUUUUAUAUAUCGUAAGAAAAGAUUCUUUCUCUAAUAUUUUCAUCUAUAAAAUAUUGUUUUAAUGUAUUUAUAAAAGAAUGCUUUUAUUAAAGUUGUAGUAGUUUUACUUUUUUAAUUAUUACCACAACCAAUCCGAAACAAGGAUGUGUAGUUUGAAAAAAAAAAACGUUGAGUCCAAAAACCAUGUAAAUAUGUCACAUACUGUAAAACGGUGACGUAUGUUAUGUGAUAAUAAAACCUUUUUAUAUAUAUUGUCGAUCGUCGAACGUUUUUAAAAGCGAAUUUUAAAAAUAUUUUCCUACGUUGUACAGUAAACAUUGAAAAUUAUUAGAUCUGUAGUGUUCUAAAUAUGUAUUUAAAUAUUGGUGCACAACAUUUUUACAAAUUAUAGAUUAUAAUAUAAUACAUUGAAGUCAAUUUUCUCGUAACCCAAUAUUUGAUACAUGUAAUGUAUGUAUGAAAAUAAAUCAUUAAUUUAAUUAUAUCUUAAUGUUUAUUACUAUUGUGGACGGUGUGCGAAUGAGACUGUUGAAUAUUUGUACAACGAAAGUUGUAGAUACGCGCAAUUUUUAAAUGUUAAAUUAAUGUUCGUAAGACAAUUUUCGCAGUUUCAUUAUUGUGUAAAAAAAACAUAAGUUAUGUCUAUAAGAGUUUUAUUUACUUGUAUCAAUUUUAUC